GCUGGCUUGUUGCUCCUUCUGCUAUGAUGCCUGGCCAGAUCCCAGACCCUUCUGUGACCGCAGGCUCUCUGCCAGGGCUCGGCCCCCUCACCGGACUCCCCAGCUCAGCUCUGACUGCGGAGGAGCUGAAGUACGCUGACAUCCGCAACAUUGGGGCCAUGAUUGCACCCUUGCACUUCCUGGAGGUGAAACUGGGCAAGAGGCCCCAACCUGUGAAAAGCGAGCUAGAUGAGGAAGAGGAGCGAAGGAAAAGGCGCCGGGAAAAGAACAAAGUGGCAGCAGCCCGGUGCCGGAACAAGAAGAAGGAGCGCACAGAGUUUCUGCAGCGGGAGUCUGAGCGGCUGGAGCUCAUGAAUGCCGAGCUGAAGACCCAGAUCGAGGAGCUGAAGCAGGAGCGGCAGCAGCUCAUCCUGAUGCUGAACCGCCACCGCCCCACCUGCAUUGUCCGCACCGACAGCGUUAAAACGCCGGAGUCUGAAGGCAACCCACUGCUGGAGCAGCUGGAGAAGAAGUGACCCUGGGCUGGGAGGAGACUGAGGAGGAGAGACGGAGGGGAGGAGGACAGGCUCCCGGAGGGCCCUUCCUUGGUACAUGAAAAACUACACAAUGAGGCUCAGCACAGCUGGCACCCACCGGGCUUUUUUGUGAAACUCAGAUCAGCCACACAAUGGAAAGAGCAGGCUGAAGAAACCCAGAGGGACCAAGUGCCGAGACCAAAGUUGACCCGUGGGUAGAGCUAUCCUGCCUGGGCCCCGGCUUGAAGGAGGCAGGAGCAGAGAGAGGCAGCCUGGGGUUCCUCCAGCCUCUCUCCCAGGGCACUCACCCAAGGGACCACCAAGCAGCCAGGAAAAGCCAUGAGUUGCAACCAAAAUUCGGCUGAGGAUGGAUCUCAGCAUGAACUGCAAUCCUCCUGCCCCCAGUCCUGCCCCAACCGGAUGCAAAGCUGGACAGGGGGCUGCUGCAGGGCCCUGAUACCCCUGCCAGGGAAGUGGCAGUGGGACGCACCCUCGCCAGCCCUGCUGGAGUUUGCUGUGGGCACUGAGGCGCGGGCGCCCUUCCAAAGCACACACUCACUGAAUGUUUACAGGCUGGCUGUCUUGGCAGGGCUUUCAACUGCACAUGUUUUUUAUACUUUUUUUUUUAAUAUUUUUUACAAAAAAAAAGAUUUUAUACAAGCAAUAUAUAUAUGGAUUUCUAUAAUCACUUGAUGUGAUACAGUAUAAAUAUGCUAUGGUUUGUUACGGACAGAUAUUCACCAGUUAUGGCCGUUGCGUUAACUCCUAAGUACCGUAGUCUCUGGGUGUCAGGGGUAGCCGGGCCGGGCGGGGUGCAUUUCCGCCCUUGUAAACCCUUCCUAGUACUCAGUCCUGUAUCUCUCAGUAAACGUUGCUCUUAUUACCCAGCUGCCUCGAGUGCUGUCUGCCUGGGGAGGGGGUCCCGCGAGACACCAUCAGCCAUAGCCACGUCAUUUCCACAGUCACCCUUCUGGGUACGUAUGGGCAGGCCCAUCUCCCAGGUGAAGAAGGUGAGGCUCAGAGAAAUCAAAGUGGACCGGUUAGCAGUGUCCUAUUUCCCUGGCAUGUCAGGGAGCAGCAGUGGCCCCCUUUCACAGGUGAAAAAUUGGAACAAGCCUUGGAGAUUAAGCUUGCGGUUGCCAUUUUUGGAAGCCUUACCCUGUGACAAACACAUAUAGUCUCAUUUACUUCUCCCAACAGCACAAAGUAGGCAUUAUUCUCAGUUUUACAGCUGAGGCUCAGAGAGGGCAAAUGACUUACCCAAGGUCACCCCACUGGCAAGGAACAGGCUGGUACUGAAACUGCCUCUAGAUACCGGCUGUGAGCGUCCCCGUGGUUUAAUGUCUCACCCGAUCAGAACAGGGAGCUUAGUAGACGAGACCAUACUUCCAUACUUAGAGAUGUAAUUUCUGGGAAGGCUGGUUAGAGUUCCACGCUGCCCCGGGAUGAUAUCCCGCUGGGUCUGAGCCUGGCGCAGAGGCAUUUCCUCCUCCGUGGCCUCACACCUGCCCUGCGGAACAGGGAUGGCCCAGGGCCGCUCACACGGCAGCUGCCGUUUAUUUGGUGCUCAACAGCAGUUCACGAGGCUCUGCCACAUGGGCUUCCCCAUUUGCUUUUGCAGUGUCGUGAGGCAGGCAGGAGAGGAGGUUUUAGUGCACUUGUCACCAACGCUUACAAACUGAAGCCUACAAAAAUUAAAGUUCACUUGGCUGAAAAGAGGCGGAACUGAGUGGACUCAAUGUCCCCCACCCCCAUCCCAUCCCUCAUAGUUUUUUGUUUGUU